AUGAAGACGACUUUCUUUUUGAUUUUCGCCGUUUUCGGUUAUGUUACAGCCACUCACGGAUACGACAACGCCCAUUACAAAUUCGAAUACGGCGUCCACGAUCCUCACACCCACGACCACAAAUCCCAACACGAACAUAGAGACGGACACCACGUCCACGGAGGUUACACUCUAAAAGAAGCUGACGGUACCCACAGAAUCGUCAAAUACAAAUCGGGACCUCAUAGUGGUUUUGAGGCUGUUGUAGAACGCGUAGGACACGCUCAACAUCCUGCACAUUACGGUGGACAUGGUGGAGCCACUAGCUACGUCGGUGUUACCCAUUGGGCUAACCAAGGAAGCGACGGUGGACAUGGUUACUGA